AGGGAGGUAAUGGUCACCCUAGCAACACUUACCAACGCACAAAUGGUGGCAGUGUUGUAGCUCCAACUAUUUUUGUUUUCUGUUUUAGUUCACUUCUAAAACACAUUCAGAACUGGUGACAACUUAGAGCAGCCACCAUGUCUAUUGCACUAGCGCAGGAGCGCUAUAUAUUUGGCGUAAAACGUGGAGUGUCUGGGAAUACUUGCUACCAUGACGAGCAAACAAUUGUGUACCCUGCUGGGUCCAACUGCAUCCUGUACAACAUUGACCAGAAGUCACAGAAGUUUAUCCCAGGCACGGAUAAAAGUGAAGGAAUGACUGCACUGGCUGUCAGUCCAAAUCGACGUUAUGUUGCAAUUGCUGAGAAAGGAGAGAAGCCUACCAUUACCAUUUAUGACCUGCACUCUCUACGAAAGAAGAAAGUGCUGAGUUCCCCAGAGGUGCAGUCGGGAGAAUACAUCAGUCUGGCUUUCUCACCUGAUUCAAAAUACUUGGUGGCUCAAGGUGGCAAGCCAGACUGGACUCUCCUUUACUGGACAUGGGAGAAGUCUAAAGUAAUGGCCACAACAAAGACCUCAAAUCCUCAAAACCCCAAUUCUGAAGUCUAUCAGGUGAGCUUCAACCCUCAAGACAACACCCAGCUGUGCGUUGUUGGGAACACAGUAUUCCGCCACUUCCGCUACAGUGAGGGAAACCUAAAGCCCUUCAACUUUCAGAAGAUGGAGCCACAGAACUACCUGUGUCAUGCCUGGGUGUCUGAGGAGAGAAUCAUAGUUGGCACGGAUAAUGGCAAGCUGCUGCUCUUUGAGGCUGGUGAAGUGAGAAAUGAAUUCAACCUGGCCCCAAAUGCUGAUAAUAGCAAGACAACAUCUGAGGAAGGCAGCUCGCUCAACCCCAUUCAAGUCACUUCUCUUGUGUCGUAUUCCAAAGGAUUUGCAUGUGCUUUUGGAUUAGGCACAGUCUACCUCUUUGAGAAGACAGAUGAUAAGGACUUCUUCAAAAAAGCUAGAGAAAUUAUGAUUCCUCCAGACAGCUGCAACAGCCAGGACCCAACCCUGUCCCAGCAGCAGUUCAUCAACUGCUUGACUGUCAGUCCCUCGGAGGAGACUCUGGUGGCCAGCACUGAUCAGGCUCAGCUCUAUUAUCUUACACUGUCCAGCGCCGACCUCAGCAAGGGCGAUCAAGCACAGUUUGAGGUCCUGUCGCAAGUGUUUCAUAAUGCACCAAUCACAGGUUUAGAUGUUUGUAUCCGGAAACCUCUGAUUGCCACUUGUUCACUUGACAGAUCUGUCCGCGUGUGGAACUACGAAACCUGCAACCUGGAGCUGUACAAAGUGUUUGCUGAGGAAGCGUACAGCAUUGCCCUGCACCCGUCAGGCCUCUACAUACUGGUGGGCUUUAGUGACAAGCUGAGACUGAUGAAUUUGCUCAUUGACGACAUCCGCACUUUCAAAGAAUUUACAGUGCGUGGAUGCAGGGAGUGUUCAUUCAGCAAUGGCGGUCAUAUGUUUGCAUCUGUGAUGGGAAACGUAAUCCAGUUGUACUCUACCACAACAUUUGAGAACAUCAACAACCUCAAGGGUCACAAUGGAAAAGUGCGAUCGGUUGUGUGGAGUGCUGAUGACAGCAAGCUUAUCUCAUGUGGUAUGGAUGGCGCUGUGUAUGAGUGGGACACAUCCACCGGGAAGAGGACCAGUGAGAGUGUGCUCAAGUCAUGCAGCUACACGGGAGUCACUGUCACUCCCGACGGAAAGACAACCUUUGCCGCGGGCUCUGACAAGACUUUGAAAGAAAUUGCUGAUUCACAGAUCCUGCGAGAGGUGUCGGCCGGUGACAUGACCUUGACGUCUGUGGCCCUGUCACACUCAGGCCGUAUGCUGUUCGCUGGUACCGUGAAAGGCACCCUAUGGUCACUGAAGUAUCCCCUAGCAGUGCCCGGGGACUGGACAGAACUACAAGGUCAUGGGGCUCCUAUUGUCAAGAUGAAAAUCACAUACGAUGACCAGUUUCUGGUGAGUAUAGCAGAGGACGCGUCAAUCAUCCUGUGGAAGAUCCAGGACAAGGAAGGUCGUGGCUUGAAGAGAGACAAGGAGGUCGGCUGGGCAGAGGAGAUCCUCAUCACUAAAAGCGACUUGGAAGAGAAGAACUCCACUGUGUCUGACUUGAACUCUCGAGUGGAAGAAUUGAAGAUGGAGAACGAGUACCAGCUGCGUCUCAAGGACAUGACCUACAAUGAGAAAAUGAAGGAACUUACUGAAAAGUUCAUCCAGGAGAUGGAAUCCCUCAAAACUAAAAAUCAAGUUUUGAAAACAGACAAGGACAAGGAAGAGUCUAAGCACGAGGAGGAGAUGGCAGAGCUGAUGGACAAGCAUGCCAAGGAACUCCAGGACUUAGAGUCUGCUAACAACCAGAAGCUGAUGCUUGAGUAUGAGAAGUUCCAGGAGCAACAGGCCAAGAUGAUGAAGAUGCAGGAGGACUACGACCGCCAGCUGCAGGAGAUGGAGGAGAGCAAGGAGAGAGCCCUGGAGGAGCUCACUGAGUACUACGAGACCAAGCUACAGGAGAUGACCACCAAGUUGGAACAGAGCAACGACGAGGCUCGCCAGCAGAGCAGAGAGUACGAGGAGACCAAGAAGCAGAUUGAGGAAGAUUCUGACCGAGAGAUUCUGGACAUCAAGCACCAGUACGAGAGGAGACUGAGAGAUGAGAAGGAGGCCAACAUGAGGCUCAAGGGAGAGACUGGCAUCAUGAAGAAGAAGUUCACAAGCUUACAGAAAGAGAUUGAUGAUCACAAGGAGGAGAUCAAGAAGCUGAACGCUGAGAACAGCAAACUGAACAACGUGAUCCGCAGCUUGGAGAAGGAUAUCCAGGGUCUAAAGAAGGAAAUCCAGGAGAGAGACGAUACCAUUCAGGAUAAGGAAAAACGUAUCUACGACUUGAAGAAGAAGAACCAGGAACUUGAGAAGUUCAAGUUUGUCUUGGACUACAAGAUCAAGGAGCUGAAGAAGCAGAUUGAGCCUCGGGAGAUGGACAUCAAGAACAUGAAGGAGCAGAUUCAGGAGAUGGAGAGCGAGUUGGAGAGGUUUCACAAGCAAAACACUCAGCUCGAGCUCAAUAUUACUGAACUACGUCAGAAACUCAAGGCAACAGACAAAGAAAUGCAUCAAGAGAGACAGAGGGUGCGUGAUGUGGAGGCCACAGUCAAGAGAUUCAAGACUGAUCUUCACAACUGCGUAGGGUACAUCCAGGACCCCAAGAUGCUCAAGGAGAGUAUCAAAGCCUUGUACCAGAAACACGUGCAAGAAGACAUUAAAACUGAGUCUGCCAGCGUUGACGCAGACAUCCAGAAAGAAUUCAGCCGCCAGAAGGAGCAUCUUGAGAGGUCUGUGGCUAGUCUUAGGAAGAAACUGGAGAAAGACUCUGAGAUCCACAAAGCUGACAAUGUCAGAAUUAUGCAGGAAAACGUCACUCUGAUCAAGGAGAUCAACGAUCUGCGCAAGGAGCUCAAGCUGUGCAGAGUUCUCAUCCACGACAUGGAGGCUGCCAUGGGGCUGGAUGCUCGCUCCAAGAAGAGCGGCUUUUCCGUCCAGCUACCGCCGAAGCCUGCUGGUCCUCUGGUGGAGAAGGAGCUGGAGGAGCAUAAGAAGGUCAUCGAGAUGCAACAGAUGGAACUGAAGCGUUUGAGAGAUGAAAUCUAUGACCUGGAAACUGCCCACGGAUCCCGGCCACCAUCAGGCCAACGUCUUCCUCCAGUGAAUACCACAGCGUAACUGCUGGGCACCUGCCUGGUGUGAAUGUCAAGUCCUGUUCUCCUGAAUGUUGCCAUUCCACAUUGUUUCACCCCAAAAGCAUUCACGUAACAGACCCACUGGUCAUGAACCUGCUGUGAAGUGUUACAAACACUCACAAGAAACAAUGUAUGACAUAUCUAAGCAACAUCUUUUUCAGAAUUUUAAUGAAAAGGAAAAAAAUAAAAAGACAGUGUGAAACAACUCUGUUACUUAAUUGGAAAGAGGUAUUCUUUGUUUGUGAAGUUGUUGUUAGUGGACUCCACCAUGUCUGAUGAUAAUGAAUCAGUUGAAUUUUGCAGUUGAUCGAGUCACUUGUGAAUGUACAUGAUUUAAGAUGCCUUUCUGUGCCUGUUACUUUGAAGUACUGAAAUCUUAUUCAUCGAAAAAUAAAAAGAUACCAUAAAUAAUUGUGCAGUGCUGACACUGAAAUUCAAUAGCCUUUUUUUUUGCAUGAAAAAAGAAUUGGUACAGUGUCAUUAUCAAGGAAUUCUGUUGAACUAAUGGUUUAGAAUAUAUAUGUAUUUAAUAUUUUACUGUUUGAAUGAGAAUCUUUUGACUCAGCCAUUGUCAUAUAUCAUGUCUAUAUCUUUCAAGAAUAGAACUGUUUCACAUUCCAAAAAAUCUUCCGUAUGUGUUAUAGCUUAUGGUUUUCACUCUCAUAAUCACAAACUCUGUGCCAAUGUAAUACCAUACUAAGGUUAUAUCAGAGAACCUCCUAUCAGAUUUAAUGUUGGAGAGCAGCUUUUUUAAAAUAAUAAAUGUCUUUAGCCCAAUAUUACGUUUCUUGUUAGGGAGAGGAGGGGGGGGGGGGGAAGAACCUCAAGCCUCAAAUUAGCAGGAUGCAUUUUGCUUUUUAGUUACCUGUUUUACCAGAAUUUUUUGAAAUAAUAAAGCGGAUCUGACACAGAAUACCCGACAUCUGUGUCCUCCCCAUCACUGGUACUGGUACGUUGAACCUGCUCAGCUUUAAAGGGAAAAUUGUAAUUGACUUCCACAGUUACUUAUCGGUGAGCCACCAAUGUUGAUGAUACAGUAACAUUGACAAAGAAAGUAUAACUAAUGUAUGAUAGACUUGUAUUGAAUUUAAAGCGCGAUGUAAAUUCUGUAGAUGCCUAUUGCGAAGGCCUCCAAAGCCGAGGGCUGUGAUUAUAUACAUUUUCUUCUUGUCACUGAAACCUCAUCCUUGAAGAUAAAGUUCUCAUUAUCAUUUCCAUUGAAUAAAUGCAUGAAAGUGGUGUGUGCUGUCAGUUUGUAUAAGUCAAUCGUUUGUAAAUACGAGACUUCAUAGACUAUAACAGUUCAUUGAAGCUCACAGUAGAAUUUAGAGUUUUGUUCCUUGACCUUAUUUUUUGUGUGAACAGGAUGGGCAUGUGAACUGUGAACUGUGAACAGUUAAGAACCUUUAAAAAUCAUAUUCAUCAACUGAACUAGAACCAAUGUAACAGUUGAGUCAAAAUGGUUUGAGGAACAGGAACCAAAUCUGGGAGACAUUAUUUUCUUACCUUUUAGCAUUCUGUGCCUGUGAUGCCAGUUCUUACUCAAAAGACAGAAACUGUUUUAUACAACUGUGAUGUGAUACUUUUCAUUUUAGGAAACUUGUACAAUAAACAUUUUGUAUUGCCAACA